AUGGAUACAACUAUUCUGGUUAUUUUGGUUCUAUUCCUUCAAUUAACUUCUGGCUCACCUUCAACAGCAGAUGAGAUCAACUUGCUAAAAUGGCAUAACAACUUUAGACAAUCUCUGAGCAACUGCAAAAUACGUGGACAACCACCUAGUGUAACUCCACUCCCUAAAUUGAAAUGGAACGAUGAAAUCGCAGGUUAUGCCAAGCAACUAGCUAAACGAUGCGUAUUCGAGCCUGAUUAUAGAACUCUUCCAAAGAACACCUUCAAUUACAUUAGACAAAACAUUGCGAGAUCGUCGUCUGUAGCUCGAGCUAUGACAGCGUGGACAGAUGAACACAAGAAUUACAAUUAUUGGAAUCAAAGUUGCACACCAGGGAAAGUUUGUGGACAUUAUACUCAGAUUGUUUCCAACCAUACCGCGUAUAUAGGGUGUGCAGUAAACAACUGCUCGGGGAGUAAGACAUUCACACAUGGAUUAUAUGUUGUAUGCAAUUACGCAAUGAGUGGAAACGUUGGACGUGAGAAGCCAUAUGAAGCUAAGCGUGUUACUUGUCAAGGAGAUGUAAAGGAUCCUAGUGGUGUUACCACUGAUCAAUCAAAAGACAAACCACAAAGUACCAAACAGCGGCCUUCAAAAAAACCUCAAAAUCCGAACACCAAUGUUAAGCGACCUAGUGUUAAUAGCGGACCACCAAGCAACAACAGGAUACCAACAAGUACAAAGAACAGACCUACCAUCGUGGUUAGCAAACCUGAUGAUGGUAAAAAGCAAACAAAUUACAACAGUGGUCCAUCUACCAAAUUAGAAUCCUCCAAUAAACAGCCACCGACAAAUAGACGUACGAAGAAGAUUUCCAAGGGAAAAUGAAGAUGAAAACACGUUGAUGACUAUUAAUAGACCAGAGUGAAUAAACUUCUUUAAACAGUAAAUCUUUUUCCGUCCAGUUUGAUUAGAGUAUUAAGUUUAGUACAAAAGUUUGUUAAUUACAAAUCAAA